AUGACGUCGAAGUGUUGUUUGCUGCUGGUUGUCAUGGCAACCGUCACCAGCUCGGUGAUGGGCACCGCCGAGGUGAUGAGCCAUGUCACCGCCCAUUUUGGAAAAGCUCUCGAGGAGUGCAGAGAAGAGUCAGGGUUAUCUGCAGAGGUGUUAGAGGAGUUCCAACACUUCUGGCGAGAGGACUUUGAGGUGGUGCACCGGGAGCUGGGCUGCGCCAUCAUCUGCAUGUCCAACAAGUUCUCCCUGCUGCAGGACGACAGCAGGAUGCACCACGUCAACAUGCACGACUACGUCAAGAGCUUCCCUAACGGCCACGUUUUAUCAGAGAAGCUGGUGGGACUGAUCCACAACUGUGAGAAGCAGUUCGACAGUAUGACGGACGACUGCGAGCGCGUGGUGAAGGUGGCUGCUUGCUUCAAGGUGGACGCGAAGGCAGCCGGUAUCGCACCAGAAGUCGCCAUGAUUGAAGCUGUGAUGGAGAAGUACUGA